AAUACGAUCUCAGAAUUCUUUUCAUUAUUUGUUUGUUUAUAAUAGAUUUUUUUUUUUUUUGUAAGCGACGGCGAUGGCGACAGCUUUUUAGGGUUUCAUGUUUUUUCGACGAUGGGAUCCUGGUUCUCAAGGGCUAAAACGGAAUCAAUCAGAUCUCUAUCAUGAUGAUAAGAUCGGGAGGAUUUGUAGGCGGAAAGGAAUUUCGGAAACAUGGGUUAUUUUGGUUUUGCGAAGGAUUUUGUGGGUCGGAGAAAAGAUUGGGAUUGAAGGGAGCGUGUCAUCAUUAGGAUCUUCAAAAUGGAUGUGGAAUCCAGAAGAUCAAUCACAAGAUUAUCAAGGCUUAUAUUGGUGUUUGGUCAUAUGUUGGAGACGAAGUGGGAGGAUUGGAAUUGGGUGGGUCAACUGGAGUUCUCUGAUCUAUUUUCCUGUCUUAUUUACAGCACUGCUAAUUCUUAUCUUGGUCUCAUCAAACCAGUUACAGAGAAGAGAUACAGAUAUGGAAGCGACUAGGAGGUGUUUUUUAAAGGGGAUACAGGUCGAUGUUAGAGUAGUUCCAAGAAUGGCAGUGGAAUCUUAUUUACUCUUCUCCAUAAUUUGCUUAUCAUGGGUGAAACGUGUACUAGCUACGUUUGUGGCUUUUUUGGAUAAAGGAAACAGAUUCAGUGAUGGAAAAAUGAUAAUUAUUGGCUCUGAGUUUGGGCUAAUAAAUGGGUACAAGUGUAUUAUAGUCUCUUCAGGUCUUCAGGUUUCUUCAGUAGCUACGUACUGGGGUUUAUUGCUAUUGUGUAUGAAGGGAGAAAGGAUAAUUAUUGGAAACAUAACAAAAUUUCUGGAACUCUUUCUUCACAAAGAGUGGUGGUGUGAGAUUUUGUUAGGUAUUGGUGAUUUUAUGUUUGGGUUUACAGUAGUUGCUAUGAACAUAUUUUUAUGUUCUUUUGGUACGGGUUCUUAUUGUCAUAGUAGUCUAUUGAUUAAUGUAUGUACUGUUGUCUUGAUUAUGAUUGGGAAUAAAAUUGAUUCACCUGGAUCUUACUCUGGUUACAUUAUGGAUCUUUCACGAUUAUACAAUCAGUGGUUCAGUGUCAUCAUUAAGACCUUCGAAAUGGAUGUGGAAUCCAGAUGAUCAAUCACAAGAUUAUCAAGACUUUGUAGGAAAAUUGGAAAUAGGUGUUUCGACUGGAGUUCAUUGAGCCGCUGGAUCGAAUUUUCUGGCCUACUUACAGCACUGCAAACUCUUGACUUGGUCUCAUCAAAUCAAUUGCAGAGAGGAGAUACAUAUAUGGAAAAGACUACGAGGCGUUUUUCAAAGGGAAUGCAGGUUGAUGAUCAAGUAGUUACAAGAGUGGAAGUGGAAUUUUAUUUAGUUUUCUCUACAAUUUUAUUAUCAGGGGAGAAAUCUAUACUUGCUAUGCUUGUGGUUUUUUUGGAGAGAGGAACCAGUUUCAGAGAUGGGGAAAAAGUUAUCAUGAUAAUUGGCUCUGAAACUUGGCUAGUAAAUGGUUAUAAGUGUAAUGAUUUUGGUUAUAAGUGGAAUGAUUUGCAUA